AGCCCGGCCGGCGUGCGAGGACCCCGCACGGCCAAGAUGGCGGCGUCCGUGCGACAGGCACGUAGCCUGCCGGGGCUGGCGGCGACGCUGGGCCUGGGUUCCCGUGGCUACCGGGCCCCCCCGCCCCCCCGCCGCAGGCCAGGACCCCGGUGGCCAGACCCCGAGGACCUCCUGACCCCGCGAUGGCAGCUGAGGCCGCGCUACGCAGCUAAGCAGUUCGCGCGUUACGGCGCUGCCUCCGGGGUGGACCCCGGUUCGCUAUGGCCGUCGCCGGAGCAGCGGAGGGAGCUGGAGGCUAAGGAGCGCGAAUGGUACCCAACCCUGGCGACCAUGCAGGAGUCGCUGCGGGUGAAGCAGCUGGCCGAAGAGCAGAAGCGUCAGGAGAGGGAGCAGCACAUCGCAGAGUGCAUGGCCAAGAUGCCAAAGAUGAUUGAGAAAUGGCGGCAGCAGCAACGGGAGCGCAGGGAGAAGGAAGAGGCUGACAAGGAGAGGAGGGCCCGACUGCAGGCUGAGGCCCAGGAGCGCCUAGGCUACCAAGUGGACCCAAGGAGCACCCGCUUCCAGGAGCUGCUCCAGGACCUAGAGAAGAAGGAGCGCAAGCGCCUCAAGGAGGAAAAACAAAGACAGAAGAAGGAGGCACGAGCUGCUGCAAUGGCUGCGAUGGCAGCCCAGGACCCAGCAGCCUCAGAGGCACCCAGCUCCUGAGCCUUUGUCCUUUCCCAAUAAAAGCCUGCUCCCUGGCAGUCCCCCUGAAGA